AUGCCUCGGAACUUGCUUCAACUUGGUUCACGAUCAAGGCCAUGCAGCAGGCUAUUAAGAACGGUACCAUACUGUCGUCAUCAAGGGCGAACUGGCCGAUUGCUGAAGUCCACACACAAUAAAAAAUCUGUCUCGCUGUAUGCUACGCACCUAGAAAAUAGCGAAGAGCUGAGAUGCAGAUGCAAGAGAAAUAGAAACAGUACGGUAUUGUACAGAACGAAUAUCGCCACCCCUACAAGAUACGGUGUGGCACAGUGCUGUAGGGCAGGCCUGGACUCUUUGGGAGAUUAA